CUUAAGGUGCUGGAGGCAUGUAUGAAGAACUGUGGGAGAAGAUUCCAUAGUGAGGUUGGGAAAUUUCGCUUCUUGAAUGAGUUAAUUAAAGUUGUGUCACCAAAGUACUUGGGAGACAGAGUGUCGGAAAAAGUGAAGAUUAAAGUGGUGGGCCUCUUGUAUAGUUGGACAGUAGCUCUUCCUGAAGAGAACAAAAUAAAGGAUGCCUAUCAGAUGCUGAAAAGGCAAGGUAUUGUUCUGUCAGACCCAGUAAUCCCAGUGGACCAUACCUUGAUCCCAUCACCUCCAAUCCGCCCUAAAAAUCCAAUUUUUGAUGAUGAGGAGAGAUCUAAGUUGUUGGCUAGAUUGCUGAAAAGUAAGAAUCCAGAUGACCUGCAGGAAGCCAACAAGUUGAUUAAAUCAAUGGUAAAAGAGGUAAGUGAACACCUAAUAAUGCCUCAAUAAAACACAGCCCACACAAUUCUACAACAUGCAUAAAAGCAGCAAAAAAUAAACUGAAGUAAUUUGUUACUGUUAAGCAAUACAGCAUUUAUUUCCACAGUUACUUUUUUAGGAGCUGUUUGAGAGAUGUGAAGCGAAGAGACUCACUUUGUUUAAAAUGGCUAGUGAAACUGAAGAUAAUGAUAGUAGCUUAGGGGAUAUUCUCCAAGCAAGUGACAAUUUAUCACGUGCUAUCAGUCUGUUCAAGAAGAUUGUUGAAGGGCAAGACAUCAAUGGGGAACUGGAGCUUCCAGAGGCAGUGCACAAUAAAGCAGGAACAGAGUCCAGCACAGACUUCCCAACACUCAUUGAUUUAGGAGGGUUUGAGUCUUCCUCUCCAGUUGUGGAUUCAGAGCCACCUCCUAUAGCAGAAAAGUCUCCUUCAGCACUGAUUCCCAUCCUUCCUCCUCCUCCAAUUAUACCUACAGCAUCCCACACUCAAUCCACUCCAAUAGAUCAGACUCUAACUCAAAUGAGCAGUGCAUCCAACUCCAUGUGUUUGCUUGAUGAAGAGCUGCUACACCUAGGUCUGGAUGAUCCUCCUUCAAAUGGAGCCCCAGAAUUACCUUCAAACUCGACGUGUGAUAUAUUCCAGGUGGACAGUGGAGAGAUUGAUUUCUUCACAGGACCUGCAUUGGAGCCUGUGAUCACCAAAGCCAUCCCUUUGCUAGCACAGCCAGCAAAACCCAUUGCUUCCCCAACUAUUACAUCUCAAUCCACUCCCACUACUUAUCCUGCAUUGUUUAAUGCUACCCCGGCAUUAUGUACAGCAGUGCCAGCACCAGCUUCUCCAGCUGGGGGCAUUGUGCUUCAUGAAUUAGAAGUGCUUGGGCAGCAGCUGUUAGAGGAGGCAAAAGGGGCAUCGGCAAAGACCACAGGCUCUUCUGUUGCUUUGAAUGCCAUGCCUACAUUUACAGUGGUGAAAACUCAAAAUCCUGUUGCAACUGUACCUCCUUCUUCUCCAUAUUGUUCUGUGCCAAUAGCCCCUGGUAGCUCCAUUUUUCCACCACAUCAGCAGGAAAGCCCACAGAAAGGCUCCCAUAUAUCCUUGGCUAAUGUGACAGUGCCACUGGAAACAAUAAAAACAAGUUCCCUCCUGCCAGUGACUGCUUAUGAUAAGAAUGGUUUCCGCAUUUUGCUGCAUUUUGCCAAGGACUGCCCACCUGACCGUCCAGAUGUUUUGGUUGUAGUGAUCUCUAUGCUGAAUACAGCUCCUCUGCCAAUACAAAAUAUUCUUUUCCAGGCAGCAGUUCCUAAGACAAUGAAGGUGAAGUUACAGACUCCUUCUGGGACAGAGAUGGCAGCAUUCAAUCCUGUCCUACCCCCUGCAUCAGUCACACAAGUCAUGUUGCUUGCAAACCCACUUAAGGAAAAAGUGCGGCUCAGGUAUAAGCUAUCAUUUUCACUCGGAGAAGAGUGCAGUACAGAGGUGGGAGAAGUGGACAACUUUCCCAGCCCAGAUCUCUGGGGAAAACUAUGA